AUGGGAUUAGCUGAUCCGUUAUUAGAACAGCGCAGAUCUGGAGUGAAGCAGUCGUAUUCAAGCGCUCUUUCGCCUAGGGAAUUCGUUGGCGCUUUGUCCGACCCGCUGUUCCUCAAGUCGCUUCCUAGCUCGGAAGACUAUGAGUCGUACCAGGAGUGUGAUUCUCAGCCUGCGAGUCCAAUGGUAGCAAAUGCUGGCCGACGGGCUACAGCACCGGACAAUUUCAGUCAAGUUGCACAUCCUGCAGCUGAUCUGAGAACAGAAAAUCUAAAGACAGAAGGUCCAAGGACAGACGAUCCCAGAACCGAAUAUUCAAGGAUAGAACAUCCGAAAAGAGAAAUCGGCACCGUCAGGGAAGAAGAUUCGCCUCUUGCAGAGGAUACCUUUUCUGACGAGGAGUCUCACGGCCGACCAAGCAGACUCGCCCAAAGCGGUAGAGCGUCCGGCGCUGGUCGGAAGGUAUCUUUUACCGCUGCUGCAGCGCGCUCCUUGGACAAAGCGGAAGACGAACUAAACGCUGCGAAACAUGGACGGGAAUCGGGCGCGGGUUCUCGCGGUAGUGUGUCAGUGCCGCUGCCGGAGACCUUAAACCAGCUGGUUACAAGCAACGAUAGCAUUGCUGAGGGGUUAUCAUUUGAAGGGCUAUCUGCCGACGGGGUAUCGGUCGACGGGGAAUUGAUUAACGGUAUAUUGACCGAGGGGAGCGACCAGAAUAAUACGCCUUCAGUCCCACAAAAUUCUACGACCAGGAACUCCUCUGUCACAGGAGGCAUACUAGGGAUGGCUCCCCCUUUGAUCCCCCCCUUGAUUCCCUACACGACUGCCCCGCACCCGAAGGAUGCGCCAUCUGUGGCCGCAGCCGCAGAAGUAUCUGUGUUGGGAGACACGUUCGGGGGUCUGUUGGCGGACGAGCAAGAGGCCGCUGGGGCUCCGUCCUCAGCGGCUCGGGC